AUGUCCACCAACACCACCGCCCGUCUCCCCAACCUCAAAGACCACGCCUUAAUCGGCGAUGCCGACAAAAUCCCCAUCAGCCCAGCAACACCCGUCAUCUCCAUCAACCCACUCGUGCUCCCAGCCCCAGACCGUAUCAUCGACCUUCACAUCCGCGUCUCAGUCCCAAGCACAGGAACCAACCUUCCGAUAAUCCUGCUAUCCCACGGCCAGGGCCAAUCGAACAACCUCUCGUCCCUAAACGGCUACAGCCCCGUGGCGAACUUCCUCGCCGCCCACGGCUUCGUCGUCAUCCAGCCAACGCACCUCAGCUCCAAGACCCUAAAUCUCGGCCCCGAAGCUGGCGUCGACGCCCCUCUCUUCUGGCACUCGCGUGUCCUCGACAUGAAGCUCAUCCUCGACCGACUCGACGAUAUUGAGGCGGGCUUCCCAGUCCUCAAGACGCGUCUUGACCACGACCGCGUUGCUGUUGUCGGCCAUUCGAUGGGCGGGCACACGGCGAGCAUGCUCCUCGGCGCACGCAAGAUCAAUUCUACCACCGGCCCAGAGGGACUCGAUCUGUCAGAUCCGCGCAUCAAGACCGGCGUGUUGCUCGCUCCACCCGGAGACGGGAACGGCGGCGAGGGACUGACGCCGCUCGUGCGUGAGAAUUAUACUUUCCUCGCGGAGCACAGCCAUGCAGAGAUGGCGGGGCCUGCGCUUGUGGUUGUUGGUGAUAGCGAUGCCUCGGCGUAUUUGUCUACCCGUGGCGCUGAGUACCAUGCCGAUGCUUAUUACCGUAGCAGGGGUCCCAAGGCGCUGUUGACUGUUGCGGGGGGAUGUCAUGGGCUGGGUGGUGUUUCGGGUUAUGAUACCGCUGAGGCGACGGAUGAUGAGAGUCCGCAGCGGUUGGCGAUGGUGCUGCGUUUGACUUGGGCAUAUCUUCGCAGUACUCUUUAUUCCGGGGAUCAGGCUUGGUCGGUUGCUUGUGGUGCUUUGGAAUCGCUGCCUGCUUUGGGAAAGGUUGAAAGCAAGUGA